AUGUAUGCUAUCACUUUUCCAUUGAAGAAAACUACUGCUUGCUAUGACGGGUGCAGCUGCCUCACAGAUAUCAAAUAUAUAAACUGCUCGGGUGGGAAUCUCACCACUCCUCUUAGGAACGUCCCCCACAACACAGAGUACCUGGACCUGUCCAGAAACCUGUUGACAGCGCUCCAAGCAGGUUCCUUUGGAACCUUGUGGAGCCUGAGGGUGCUCCUUUUAAAAGAGAACAACAUCAGCCAUGUAGCUAACGGAGCUUUCUCUACCCUCCAUCGGCUCAGGAGUCUGGACCUGAGCCGUAACCGCCUUUCUGCCCUGGGGCCUGGCUUCUCCCUGGGCCUUGAAUCCCUAACCGAGCUCCUGCUGGAUCACAACCAUCUUACCGUCCUGGAGAGUGGGACCUUCCACAGCCUGGACAGCCUCCAGAAGCUGGACCUGAGCAGCAACCUCAUCUCCACAGUAAAACCCAGAGCCCUGGGCUCCCUGACAGCCCUGCGCCAGCUCCACCUGGAGGGAAACCAUCUCACCUCCCUGGGCUCCGGCCUCUUCUCCACGCUGCGCUCCCUGGAGGUGCUGGGCCUUCGGGGGAACCUGAUCAGAUCCACUGAGCCAGGAGUCUUCACCCCUAUGUCUUCCCUAACUCUGCUGGACCUGGCCCUCAACCACCUAAGCACCCUGGGCUACAGGACCCUGUUGAGCAUCCACACCCCCAGCCUCCACGUCCUGUUGGAGGGCAACCCCUGGCACUGUGACUGCGACCUGCAGAGGGUGUUCAGGAAGCUUUCCAGCAUCCACAGGAUCUUCCUGGAUGACUACCAGGAGCUGAGGUGCAGCCAGCCCACCGAGCUAAAGGGCAGGUCCAUGGGAGAAGUGGAUGAUGAGCUGUGUGUCGGAGAGACCGUGACGGUGCUCAUUCUGACGGUCACCGUGGUGAUCACUGUGGUAGCUGCCAUUAUCAUGGCGGAGAAGAACAAGAAGAAUAGCAUGGCCAAGGACUGGGAGGAGAGCGUGGGGCUGGACACCUACUGUGACAAUUACAAUUAA